GUAAGUAACGUUAGCCUUCCUAUCAGUCACGAUCCACCGCUCUUGGACAUCGGUCUCGCUAAAAGCGGCUAUCUUCCUCUAUGUACUUACUUGCGCAGAACUUAAAAUGGUAAGUUUUGUACCAUUUUAAUUGGUUCCAAAUUACUGCAUUGUGCCAUACUUAUGCGGCUACUACAAAUAACACUGCUCUUGGACUACCAUGCUGACAUAAAUUUGCAGGGCAGGUUCAUUGUAGCCUCGUCUCGGAUGUAUUAGUAGGCAAGAACAUUUCAUGUUUUUAGUUGUAUCAAAAUCAAUAAAUCAAAGCACGUUUUUGGGCUCAUUCAGUAGUUUUUACGUGAUUAAGUAGAAUCCUGUUGAAAAUAAUAUUUUUUAAUAAUAUAUUCCUAAAUCAUAAAUUGGAAAUGAUACUGUUGCUGUUUCAAGGGGUGUAUUCAUUACGGAAACCGUUUACCGUUUAAGAACCAAACGGAAGCAAACAGGGGUGUAAUCAUUAGCCAAAGUUGAACGAGAGUUUCUAUUGGACAAAUUCAGGUAGGUCCCUCCGUUUCGUUCCGUUUGCUUCCAUUUAAGAAACGUUCUGCAACAGACUCGGCGUAAUGAAUAUGCCCCUGUUGUCAUCGAUUUUAGAUGUAUAGCCCAGUGUCAAAACACCCGUUUAAAAUGUCCAUAUUCAUAAUCAUGAUAUGCUGAAAUAGGUUGUGAUAUUUGAAGACCAAACAUACAAAUUACUCCCUACACACGUGUCACACUUACAUUUAGCUGAAUUGGAAAACAGAAAUUCAUUAGCUUGUUCUACUGUAAUCAAUAGUGCGCGCAAAUUAAUCACUCACAUCGAUAUUGUAUGGAAAUCAAUGGAACUGGGACAAUAACCGCGGCGACAUGUAACGUUUGCGCUCUUCUAAAACACAAACCACAACGAACUUGGAUAUACAACAUAGACCUGUCCAUGUAGUAGCCAUAUAUCAACUAAUCUCCUUGUGCGACAGUGUUUACAAAUAUUUCUAUAACUAACCCAAGAGAGACCACAGCCUGUCGUUUCCUAAGGGAGCAAAUUAAUCAGUGGGCAGAACAAGCAAAGAGGUGGACAGAGCCAAACACGAGCUAACGAGAGCCUAUUGGCGCGUUCUAGCAUAUUUUCGUUAGGGAACGCCUACUUUGUGAAGUGCGCGUUUGCAAUAAGUAAAGUCGCCCCUGCACUCCUUAUAAACAACGCAAUUUUCAGAAACGUUGGUAAAGUACACAAAACUUAGUCCACUCUGUUCGUCACAGAUUUAAUUUUUGGAAACAAAAAACUUUAUUGAGAUCAAAUGUUUCAUCAAUGAGAAAAUUAGCAGAAUGUCGGCCAAAAUCCAUCUCGCGCAAUCUUCUCCCUUUGCCGGCCACUGGGCUUCCAUUUGGUAGUGAGUGGAAACGCCAACCGGAUGCUUCACAUUUAUACAUCCGGUGAAACGUCUCAUUUUAUUUUUAUUUUUUAUUGUUGUGAUUUUAUAUAUGUCUCAUUGUUCUAUCUGUGAUACUUCUUCUUCUAUGAUAUAAUGGCGGUCCGCAAACAAAUGUUUAAGGUGCAUGCCGCCACCUACUGUGCUGGAGUGUGGUCAAUCACGGUUUACAACAUUAGCUCCACAUUUCUAAUUCCUCCUACCUAACUCAGUACUUCUGACAAAAUAAAAAAAAGCCCUACUAACUUCUGAAAGACCCUCCACUAUCCCCCAAACCUCCUCAAUCUUUCCCUCUCUUCAACAUACUUACAACAAUAUAACAACACAUGCUCCACCGUUUCAUCGACCAUACACUCCAGACACAAACCAUUCGCAUGCGUGCCAAUGACGAGGCGCAAUCGAGUAAACACCACCUCUUCCUUCCUAAUCUGUCCUUUAAUCUUGGUCCACCGACCUUUCUUUGCAGGACAUAUAUAAAUCCCAUCUCUUCUGCCACACAUCUAUCAAAAUGGCUCUGAUCUUACAUUUGGCUGCACCUCUACCCAAUAGAACAUAAAUAUCAAUCAUAUCUCAUUUUAAAGCUCUACAAUUUAUUUACCUUGCACACCCGAAUGGGCUGGGAACCAGCAGAAUGUCACUACUACACCCAGUCUCUCGAUUCGUCAUAAUAACAUGAAUGCCUCCAAUAGUAGGUCACUCCUAUUAUUUUUAGUCAUUUACUAGACGCUCUUAUCCAGAGCGACUUACAGGAGCAGUUAGGGUUAAGUGCCUCUCUCAAGGGCACAUCGACAGAUUUUUCACCUAGUCGGCUCUGGGAUUAGAACAAGCAACCUUUCGGUUACUGGCACGACGCUCUUAACCACUAAGCUACCGGCCACCCCCUAUUAGGUUUGUUAGAUGAUAAACUAUUCAACACAGACAGGGAAUCUGAGCAUACUAUAAUUCUGACCGGCUGAGCGUCCUCCACCCACUGGAGGGCCCACAGUAUUUACAGUAGAUGGCCAAUCAGAAAAGGGAAACAACACUUUUUUGACUGGAUAAUUUCAACGAAUCGUCACCUCACCGGUAGUUCUACAUAGUGACAGGGCUUUACUGUCUUUGGUGAUAGCUUGACUGUCUUUGGCUUUACUGUCUUUGGUGAUAGCUUGACUGUCUUUGGCUUUACUGUCUCUGGUGAUAGCUUGACUGUCUUUGGCUUUACUGUCUUUGGUGAUAGCUUGACUGUCUUUGGCUUUACUGUCUUUGGUGAUAGCUUGACUGUCUUUGGCUUUACAUGUCUUUGGUGAUAGCUUGACUGUCUUUGGCUUUACUGUCUUUGGUGAUAGCUUGACUGUCUUUGGCUUUACUGUCUCUGGUGAUAGCUUGACUCUCUUUGGCUUUACUGUCUUUGGUGAUAGCUUGACUGUCUUUGGCUUUACUGUCUUUGGUGAUAGCUUGACUGUCUUUGGCUUUACAUGUCUUUGGUGAUAGCUUGACUGUCUUUGGCUUUACAUGUCUUUGGUGAUAGCUUGGCUGUCUUUGGCUUGACUGUCUUUGGUGAUAGCUUGACUGUCUUUGGCUUUACAUGUCUUUGGUGAUAGCUUGACUGUCUUUGGCUUUACAUGUCUUUGGUGAUAGCUUGGCUGUCUUUGGCUUGACUGUCUUUGGCGAUAGCUUGACUGUAUCCAUGUAUAAACUGUUCAAUGUCCUGUGAUGUAUGAUAAAAUAAACGAUACCAAACCAAAUAUAUUAAUCUGUUUAAAGCAAUCGAUUUAGUAUAAUCUUGAUGACUGUAAACGUGUAUAUUAACAUCACCAAUCUGAGGUUAAAAGGAUGUGUAAUUCCACUCAAUUUAUGUGGUGAAAAUGCAGGCUUGUGUAAGAUAGUAACACAAACUGUCCACAUUAGGGGUAAUUAGCACAAUAUAAAAUAAUUGAAUAUGACAAAAUCAAAACCUAUUGCAACAAUUACACCUAGUUCUCACUCAAUUAACCAUUUUAGUGAGUUAGAAAAUGCUCUCAAACACAAUUUAACCUCCAUAGUUAAAUUUAGCCUCCAUAGCUACAUUUAGCCUCCAUAGUUACAUUUAGCCUCCAUAGCUACAUUUAGCCUCCAUGGCUACAUUUAGCCUACAUAGUUCCAUUUAGCCUCCAUAGCUACAUUUAGCCUCCAUAGUUACAUUUAGCCUCCAUAGUUACAUUUAGCCUCCAUAGCUACAUUUAGCCUCCAUAGCUACAUUUAGCCUCCAUAGUUACAUUUAAUGCGUCUCAACCAUUGACUUCAGCAUCUUACAGUUGCACAACCAUAUGAUAAUGCAUAGCUACUACGGGCCUCCUGUAGCUCAGUUGGUAGAGCAUGGCGCUUGCAACGCCAGGGUUGUGGGUUCGAUUCCCACGGGGGGCCAGUAUGAAAAAUGUAUGCACUCACUAACUGUAAGUUACUCUGGAUAAGAGUGUCUGCUAAAUUACUAAAAUGUAAAUUUAGCCUCCAUAGUUCCAUUUAGCCUCCAUAGUUACAUUUAGCCUCCAUAGUUCCAUUUAGCCUCCAUAGUGUCUAUGCAGCAGCCUGAAUAUUUGAGGUCCCUAGUUUUAGUGCUGCUGUCAACUCCUGCACUAAUAGUCAAGCCCAGGAAUGAACAUGAUAUCACAAACAGAUCUGGGACUAGGCUAUGGGUCUUUACACAGCAUAGUCUAAUCCCAUUGUGAAUACCUAACAAUAAAACCCAUAACCAAUCCUUCUCUCUCUCAGACUGAGAUGGAGUUUGUGAUCAGCACCACAUGGGACAGCCAUCCUGUGGAUCAUGACCCUGUGAAGGUGACGUUUUUACCCGGGGAUGGAGGGAUGACGAUGCAGGUGUCUGCUCCCUUCUUCAACGACCCCCCGGGUCCCUCAGGCCCUCCAGGACAGCCCUUCCCUGGCCUCUGGGACUAUGAAGGUGGGUAGAGAGAGAGAGAGAACAGGACAGCCCUUCCCUGGCCUCUGGGACUAUGAAGGAGGGUAGAGGGAGAACAGUGGUGGUUUAUCCUAGUCGUGGGGGUAAUUAACAUAAUCAUAACUUUUACUACCAUAAUAAUUUAUCUUUGAUUGCUCGUUUUUAAUGUUGUUUGUGGCCAUUUUCCCCCCCCAGUCAUCCUAGGCACAACAAGAUGGUUUUGAAUGCAUAUAAUAUAACACUUUUUAGUUAUUUUCCUACAGUGGUUGAGGCGUUCUUUCUGGACAGUACCACUGUGAACUACCUAGAGGUGGAACUGUGUCCGUAAGUAGAGCCGUUUCCUAAUAGCUUUGAUGGCCUGAUUGAUUGCCAAAAUAGGAUCCCAGUAGCACUAGACUGAUUCUUCCCUUUACUUUUCUAUUGCAGACAUGGACAGCACUUGGUGUUACUGCUCUCUGGAAGAGGUCAUGCAUUCAUGGUAAGCUAACACCAUCACAGCCUCCGAAUGAAUGACUGAAUGGAUGGAUGAAUGGAUGGAUGAAGGGAUGAAUGAAUUAACGAUGGAACAGUACAAUGUAUUACACUCAUAUCAUAUAACUAUUUAGUUCUGCCCCAAUAUACAGUGGGGAAAAAAAGUAUUUAGUCAGCCACUAAUUGUGCAAGUUCUCCCACUUAAAAAGAUGAGAGAGUCCUGUAAUUUUCAUCAUAGGUACAUGUCAACUAUGACAGACAAAAUGAGGAAAAAAAAUCAAGAAAAUCACAUUGUAGGAUUUUUAAUUAAUUUAUUUGCAAAUUAUGGUGGAAAAUAAGUAUUUGGUCAAUAACAAAAGUUUCUCAAUACUUUGUUAUAUACGCUUUGUUGGCAAUGACACAGGUCAAACGUUUUCUGUAAGUCUUCACAAGGUUUUCACACACUGUUGCUGGUAUUUUGGCCCAUUCCUCCAUGCAGAUCUCCUCUAGAGCAGUGAUGUUUUGGGGCUGUCGCUGGGCAACACAGACUUUCAACUCCCUCCAAUGAUUUUCUAUGGUGUUGAGAUCUGGAGACUGGCUAGGCCACUCCAGGAACUUGAAAUGCUUCUUACGAAGCCAUUCCUUCGUUGCCCCGGCGGUGUGUUUGGGAUCAUUGUCAUGCUGAAAGACCCAGCCACGUUUCAUCUUCAAUGCCCUUGCUGAUGGAAGGAGGUUUUCACUCAAAAUCUCACGAUACAUGGCCCCAUUCAUUCUUUCCUUUACACGGAUCAGUCGUCCUGGUCCCUUUGCAGAAAAACAGCCCCAAAGCAUGAUGUUUCCACCCCCAUGCUUCACAGUAGGUAUGGUGUUCUUUGGAUGCAACUCAGCAUUCUUUGUCCUCCAAACACGACGAGUUGAGUUUUUACCAAAAAGUUCUAUUUUGGUUUCAUCUGACCAUAUGACAUUCUCCCAAUCCUCUUCUGGAUCAUCCAAAUGCACUCUAGCAAACUUCAGACGGGCCUGGACAUGUACUGGCUUAAGCAGGGGGACACGUCUUGCACUGCAGGAUUUGAGUCCCUGGCGGCGUAGUGUGUUACUGAUGGUAGGCUUUGUUACUUUGGUCCCAGCUCUCUGCAGGUCAUUCACUAGGUCCCCCCGUGUGGUUCUGGGAUUUUUGCUCACCGUUCUUGUGAUCAUUUUGACCCCACAGGGUGAGAUCUUGCGUGGAGCCCCAGAUCGAGGGAGAUUAUCAGUGGUCUUGUAUGUCUUCCAUUUCCUAAUAAUUGCUCCCACAGUUGAUUUCUUCAAACCAAGCUGCUUACCUAUUGCAGAUUCAGUCUUCCCAGCCUGGUGCAGGUCUACACUUUUGUUUCUGGUGUCCUUUGACAGCUCUUUGGUCUUGGCCAUAGUGGAGUUUGGAGUGUGACUGUAAAGUUGUGGACAGGUGUCUUUUAUACUGAUAACAAGUUAAAACAGGUGCCAUUAAUACAGGUAACGAGUGGAGGACAGAGGAGCCUCUUAAAGAAGAAGUUACAGGUCUGUGAGAGCCAGAAAUCUUGCUUGUUUGUAGGUGACCGAAUACUUAUUUUCCACCAUAAUUUGCAAAUAAAUUCAUAAAAAAUCCUACAAUGUGAUUUUCUGGAUUUUUUUUCUCAAUUUGUCUGUCAUAGUUGACGUGUACCUAUGAUGAAAAUUACAGGCCUCGCUCAUCUUUUUAAGUGGGAGAACUUGCACAAUUGGUGGCUGACUAAAUACUUUUUUUCCCCACUGUAUUUAAUUAAGCUAUAUUAACAUAGACUUACCUCUAUUUCGUCACUUACCAUAAAAGUAAUCUAAGGGUCCAAGAGAGACAGACAGUCAUCAAUGGUUCAGAUUGGUUUCAAACUAUUUUGUUUUUGUUUUUCCAGCAACAACUGCCCCUGUCGUUCACGGCGACCAUCACAGGAAACAGGUGGAAUGGUGAGGCACUUAUCCCCUGGCACUACUUCCCCCCUAACGUCAACAAGAUGAACUCGUACGCCAUCCACGGGUCCGGUGUGGGGCGCACCUACGAGUCCCUCUACCCCGUCCCCCAGGCCGACCUAGUGGAGGGACAGAAGCCCAACUUGUGAGUAUAUUCAUUGCCUUCAGAAAGUUUUCACACCCCUUGACUUUUUCCACAUUUUGUUGUGUUACUGCCUGAAUGGAUUAAAUAGAGUGUUUUUGUCACUGGCCUACACACAAUACCCCAUAAUGUCAAAGUGGAAUUAUGUUUAUUCAAAUGUUUUACAAACUAAUUAAAAAUGAAAAUCUGAAAUGUCUUGAGUCAAUAAGUAUUCUACCCCUUUGUUAUGUCAAGCCUAAAUAAGUUCAGGAGUAAAAAUCUGCUUAACAAGUCACAUAAUAAGUUGCAUGGACUCACUCUGUGUGCAAUAAUAGUGUUUAACAUGAUUUUUGAAUGACUACCUCAUCUCUGUACCCCAUACAUACAAAUAUAUGUAAGGUCCUUCAGUCAAGCAGUGAAUUUCAAACACAGAUUCAACCACAAAGAAAAGGAGGGUCCUUGUCUGUCUAUAGAAAAGGAGGGUCCUUGUCUGUCUAUAGAAAAGGAGGGUCCUUGUCUGUCUAUAGAACAGGAGGGUCCUUGUCUGUCUAUAGAAAAGGAGGGUCCUUGUCUGUCUAUAGAAAAGGAGGGUCCUUGUCUGUCUAUAGAAAAGGAGGGUCCUUGUCUGUCUAUAGAAAAGGAGGGUCCUUGUCUGUCUAUAGAACAGGAGGGUCCUUGUCUGUCUAUAGAAAAGGAGGGUCCUUGUCUGUCUAUAGAAAAGGAGGGUCCUUGUCUGUCUAUAGAAAAGGAGGGUCCUUGUCUGUCUAUAGAAAAGGAGGGUCCUUGUCUGUCUAUAGAAAAGGAGGGUCCUUGUCUGUCUAUAGAAAAGGAGGGUCCUUGUCUGUCUAUAGAACAGGAGGGUCCUUGUCUGUCUAUUGAACAGGAGGGUCCUUGUCUGUCUACCUUUCUUUAGUCAGAACACAGUCUCUUCCUCACCUCUUCCUUCCUAAGACACACAUUAUUCAAGGCUGAAACUCUUACAGAGGCAUCUUUCAGGAGAAGACUGCAUUGCCAACUCUACACACACACACACACACACACACACACACACACUGCCAACUCUACUUAAAAAAAAUAUGUUUAGGUGACGGAGAUAAAGCCUACUCCGCUGCUGUAUAACUAUUCAUUGCGUAGAUGUGUUAGCUGUCAGUGGACAGAUUUCAAUAGUCAGCCCAAUGUUUUAUUGCACUGAGAAAAUUAAAUGCAAAUUCACAGAUUUCAGUGUGUGCGUGUGUGUGUGUUACCAAACUGACAGAUUGCACUUUUCUCUCUCUCUCUCACGACGCAGCCACCUCUUGGAAUAUUUCCAAGACUUUCGCCUGCAAAGCAUCAUGGGAGAGGGCUGGGUCCAGCCCGAGUCGGAUCUCUGGAAGGGAAAGUGAUGAGUCGGGAGAACACACACACACACACACACACACACACUGGAACACACACGCAUGAUGACAGCCGGCACGACCAAAGUCACGGAGGAGGAACAAAGUGCAAUCGAUCUUGAUUAGUUAAUGAUGUCAGACUGGAUGACAUGAAAUAUGUUAUCAGUUUGUCAGAUGGUAUUAACACCUCACCUCAAAUAGCCUUUUACCAACUCAGUGAGGCCUGGUUCAGAAAACACUUUAUUUUUUUGUAUGAAUGAAAGUAAGAAUCAAAGUUCAUUAUAUCUGUGCUAUCUGUUUUAUAGAUUUAUGCCUUUUUCUGAAAUGAAAGACCAUUGAAUUUGAUAAUUUUCAAUGGUACCUCCAAUUCAUUGUAGGAGUAUCAUUGUUAUUCAGUAAGGUGAAGGCUUAUCAUGAAGAGUUUACACUUUGGAUUCAUGGUUUCUUGCCGUGCAUUGAUCAUCGCACACAAUAUGUCUGUAAUUCAUAAUUGUGACCAAUUCACUGUGCUGUUGCUGGAGUAAGGCUGUUUUGCUUGAAUUAUUCCUGGGCAAAUUAAAAUGGAUUGUCUACAUCCCAAAUGGCACCCUAUUCCCUGUAUAGUGCACUACUUUUCAAAAGUAGUGAACUACAUAGGGAAUAGGGUGCCAUUUGGGACGCAAUCGUUGAGAUAAUUAUUUGUCAUUUGAUAACAGCCAUAUGUGCCUUUUUGUAAUUAUGUUAAAUGAGCUCUUGUGUCGUCAUUACUUCUGGGAUCAAAAUAGGACUGUUGGCUUAUGGAAUGUUAAUGUAAGUAGAUAGGCGGCAGACUACCAAAUAAAUAAAUGAAAUAAACUGUGUCCCAUGGAGCAUUGCCAUCAAUUUGUUUUCCACCAACACGUUCAGGCAACCUGAAAACUCCAUAUGUGCAUCACACACACACACACACACACACACUUAGGAAAGCGACAUUAUAAUCCCAGCCCUCUUAUCCAGGGUAUCAAUCCUCCCACAGUCUCACUAGCUCACUAGAGACUCACAAACCAUCCGGUCAGACUUUUGUGAGCCUCUCCACCUCUCCACCUAUCCAACCCUCCACCUCUCCACCUAUCCACCCCUCCACCUCUCCACCAUCCCAACCCUCCACUCCCCUCACUCACCACCUAUCCACCUCCACCUCCCACCUAUCCACCCUCCACCUCCCACCUAUCCACCCCUCCACCUCUCCACCUCAUCCCACCCCUCCACCUUCCACCCUCCAUCACCACCAUCUCCCACCCCUCCACCUCUCCACCCCUCCACCUAUCCACCUCUCCACCCCUCUGCCUCACCACCCCUCCACCUCUCCACCCCUCCACCCAUCCACCUCCACCUCCACCUUCACACCCUCACCUCUCCCACCACUCUCCCUCCCACCCUCCACCUCAUCCCUCCACCCUCCACCUCCAUCUCCACCUCUCCACACCUCCACCCAUCCACCUCUCCACACCUCCACCUAUCCACCUCUCCAGCAAGUAAUCUGCUCCUUCUCUCCACUACACCCCUCCAUCCUUCUACUCCAUCCCUCAGAGAAACCUCCACCCCUCUCUCCCUCCAUCCCUCCGCUUCCACCCUCCAUCAUUCUACUCCAUCCCUCAGAGAAAACCUCCACCCCCUCUCCCUCCAUCCCUCCGCUCCACCCCUCCUCCUUUCUACUCCAUCCCUCAAGAAAACCUCCAUCCCUCUCUCCCUCCAUCCCUCCGCUCCACCGCUCCAUCAUUCUACUCCAUCCCUCAGAGAAACCUCCAUCCCUCUCUCCCUCCAUCCCUCCAUCCUUCUACUCCACCUCAGAGAAAACCUCCAUCCCUCUUUUCCUCCAUCCCCUCCCUCCGCCCCCAUCCUCCAUCCUUACUCCAUCCCUCAGAGAAACCACCAUCCCUCUCUCCCUCCAUCCCUCCGCUCCACCCCUCCAUCCUUCUACUCCAUCCCUCAGAGAAACCUCCAUCCCUCUCUCCCUCCAUCCCUCCGCUCCACCCCUCCAUCCUUCUACUCCAUCCCUCAGAGAAACCUCCAUCCCUCUCUCCCUCAUCCUCCGCUCCACCCCUCCAUCCUUCUACUCCAUCCCUCAGAGAAACCACCAUUCCCUCUCUCAUCCAUCCCUCCAUCCCUCCGCUCCACCCCUCCAUCCUUCUACUCCAUCCCUCAGAGAAACCUCCAUCCCUCUCUCCCUCCAUCCCUCCGCUCCACCCCUCCAUCCUUCUACUCCAUCCCUCAGAGAAACCUCCAUCCCUCUCUCCCUCCAUCCUUCCGCUCCACCCCUCCGCUCUUAUUUUUACCCAUAAACCUGUAUGUCGCCUCAGCAGGGAUCUGACUGGUAUAUUUAUCAAGCCUCUCUCUUCAUCUCCCUCUCGCUCUCUCUCUCUUUCUUCUUCUCUGUCUUCCUCUCUGUCCCUCUGUCUCACUGUUUUACUAUCUCUCUCUAACUCUCUCUCCCCUCUCUCUCCCACUCCCUGUUCGGUCCUGAGACACAGCCUAUUGAUUUUCAAGUCGGGGUGCUAGACGGUUCUCUCCCUCUCUCUCCGUAUCUCUCUCUGUCUCGCUCUAUUUCUCUCUAUCUGUCCCUCCCCUCUCUCCCCUCCCCCUCCAUCUCUCCAUCUCUCCACAGCUAGUCGAGGCCAGGUUGUGAGUCCUUAUUGAGCUCCAUCUAUUUUAAUUGGUAGCUCUUCCCUUUGAAAUGCAGGCAGUGAUUAGAUGGCAGAGAUCCUUAAGCCUCCUCGUUAUCGCUCACGGUAACACUACGUACGGUCCUCCACUCACUCCAAGGUGUGUGUGUGUCGGGGUUGAGGCGAUGCUUGUAAUUCUCCUCACUUGGCACGCUGAAGUUCAGUUUGGCGUUGGUAUCGCACGCAAACACACUCACUCGAAACACUUGUGAAAAACUAAUGCAAUCUCCGCAUCGGAGAUGUGUUCUCUGAUAAGAUUCAAGACGGGUUCUUUUUAAUUAGACUGAAGAACAGAAGAGAAGAGCAGAGGAGACUUAA